AUGAAAGUGCUCUGCGUCGCGGAGAAAAACUCUAUUGCAAAGGCGGUAGCUCACAUUCUUGGUGGCGGGUCGUCUACCUCGCGCGGGUCCGGUUACACAUAUGUUAAAAAUUACGAUUUCCAGUUCGGUGGCUUCCCUUUCGCGCCGGGGUCCUGUCAAGUGACAAUGACGAGUGUUGCUGGUCACUUGCGCGGCAUGGACUUUGACAAUGCACGGUAUGGUUGGGGGAAGUGCAACAUUUUUGAGCUGUUCGAUGCCCCCGUCAGUGAGACGAUGGAUCGGAACCAACAGCUAAUUGCUGAUAAUAUUCGUAAAGAGGCUAGAAACGUAGACUACUUGAUGGUUUGGACUGAUUGUGAUCGAGAGGGUGAGUACAUUGGUUGGGAAAUCUUUCAAGCAGCUCAGAAGGGGAACAACAGACUAGAUGAAUCCAAACUGUAUCGUGCUGUAUUUUCGCAUGUGGAGAGGGGACACAUAUUGCAAGCUGCGAGGUCCCCUCAACGACUGGAUAUGUGUAGUGUUAAUGCAGUGGGGACGAGGAUCGAGCUUGAUUUGAGAACAGGGGUUUCGUUCACAAGACUGCUAACGGAUACGAUGGCAAGGAGAGUGCAAGCACAGACAGCUCCCGGCAAGACAGGCCAUCAGUCGCAAAACCGUAAGAAGGACAAGGUAGUGAUCUCCUAUGGUCCAUGCCAGUUCCCCCACUUUGGGGUUCGUGGUGGACGUAGGUUUGAAAGGAUACGAAAUUUUAUACCAGAAGAAUUUUGGUACAUUCAAUUACAACUAGCUGGAGAGAAUACGGGCACAACAACUUUCCAGUGGGAAAGAGGACACCUGUUUGACAGAUUGAGUGUUUUGACUUUUUACGAAACGUGUCUUGAGACAGCCGGUGAUAGGGCAAAAGUUUCCAAUUUGCGGUCUAAACCCACGGCAAAGUACAGACCUUUACCCUUGACGACGGUGGAGUUACAGAAAAAUUGUGCUAGGUUUCUCCGAAUAAAUGCCAAGCAAUCUCUCGCUGCCGCUGAAAAACUGUACCAGAAGGGUUUCAUUUCGUACCCAAGGACUGAAACUGACACUUUCCCAAGGACCAUGGAGAGUGAGUUGAAAAAAAUUGUGGGUAACCUGGGUGGCUCCGACAGCGACAACUCAUGGAGUUCAUAUGCGAAUGAACUGUUAAGUGUCAACAACGGGAGCAACAAGUUCAAGUUUCCCAGGGGUGGGUCCCAUGACGAUAAGGCGCAUCCUCCAAUCCACCCGAUCAUUUCCUUGGGUCCCAACGCAAAUGUCGAUGCGAACGAGAAGAGGGUUUACGAAUACGUCGUGCGACAUUUCCUGGCGUGUUGUUCGGAGGACGCAAAGGGCCAAUCCACCACUUUGACCCUGGAUUGGGCCUCUGAGUUGUUCACCGCGACUGGCCUUGUCGUACUCGAGCGCAAUUUUUUGGAUGUUUACCCGUAUGCCAAAUGGGAGACCACCAAACAGCUACCCAGACUGGAGAUAAACCAGGAGUGCUUGUUAGACAAGGCAGAAAUGAAAUCGGGGACCACGUCCACGCCCAAACCGAUGACGGAGAGUGAGCUUAUUUCGUUGAUGGAUGCCAACGGGAUUGGCACAGACGCGACGAUUGCGGAGCACAUUGAGAAGAUUCAAGCUCGAAAUUACGUGAAGUCGGAGAAAGUUGGCAAAGAAACGUACUUACAGCCGACGACGCUGGGGGUUGCCCUGGUGCAUGGCUUUGAAGCCAUAGGACUGGAGGACUCCUUUGCGAAGCCGUUCCAAAGAAGGGAAAUGGAGGAAGAUCUGAAGAAGAUCUGUCUCGGACAGCUGACAAAACCCGCAGUCGUUCAGGAUAUCCUGACCAAGUAUAAGAACUACUGGCACAGAACUAACCAGCACAAGAUGAAGUUAUUGGAGGUCUACAACACCACUGCUAGGGAAAUGCUCUCUUAA